AUGUACAACUGGGAGAAAUGGUUAUGUUGUGGAUGCAGACGUGGCGAAUUCCCUCGUCUUCAGCAGCUUUGUAUAAAUGAAUGUCCCAAACUCACUGGGAAAUUACCAAAACAGCUUCGUUCAUUGAAGAAACUUGAAAUCAGUAGUUCCGAGUUGGUUGUGGGCUCCCUCCGAGCUCCUCAAAUCCGUGAAAGGAAAAUGGGGUAUCAUGGUAAAUUUCGGUUGAAAAGGCCAGCUGGUGGGUUCACUGAUCUCCAAACUUCAGAAAUUGAAAUUUCAGACAUCUCUCAAUUGGAGGAACUGCCACCACGAAUACAGACGCUAAGAAUCAGAGAAUGUGAUUCGAUAGAGUGGGUAUUGGAGGAGGGAAUGCUACAAGGAAGCACAUGUCUUCUCCAACAUUUGCACAUCACAAGUUGUCGUUUCUCCAGACCCUUGCACAGUGUUGGUUUACCCACCACAUUGAAGUCACUAAUUAUCUGGGAGUGUACCAAACUGGAGUUUCUCCUGCCUGCGCUAUUGACAUCCCACCUUCCAUUCCUUGAAUAUUUAUACAUUUUUUAUGUUACCAGCCGUAAUUCUUUCUCAUUAUCUUUCUCAUUAAGCAUCUUCCCACGGUUGACUCAUUUGCACAUCCUUGAAUUUGAAGGGCUUGCAUUCCUCUCCAUCUCCAUUUCAGAGGGGGAUCCCACUUCUCUUAAUCGUUUGGAUAUCCGAAAGUGCCCUGAUCUUGUAUAUAUUGAAUUGCCCGCUCUUGAGUCAGCACACAAUUAUAUCUUCAGAUGCAGGAAGCUGAAGUUGCUGGCGCACACACACUCAUCGUUGCAGGAAUUGAGGUUAAUAGAUUGUCCAGAAUUGUGGUUUCAGAAAGAUGGUUUGCCCUCCGACCUACGUGAAGUUGAAAUUUCAUCCUGCAACCAACUCACAUCUCAGGUGGACUGGGGUUUGCAAAGACUGGCCUCUCUUACAAAAUUCACAAUCAGUGGUGGAUGCCAAGACAUGGAAUCAUUUCCCAAGGAAUCCCUACUGCCCUCCACACUUUCCUCUCUUAACAUAUCUGGUCUUCCGAAUCUCAAGUCUCUGGACAGCAAGGGGCUACAACAACUUACCUCUCUAACAACAUUAUCCAUCUCCGAUUGCCCUAAGUUCCAAUCCUUCGGAGAAGAGGGGCUUCAACAUCUUACCUCUCUUGAAAAAUUAAAGAUGGACUCCCUCCCUGUGCUCGAAUCCUUGAGAGAAGUAGGUCUUCAACACCUCACCUCUCUUAAAAAAUUGUCUAUCUCCAAUUGCAACAUCUCCAAUGCUUGA